AAUGUUUCUGCUGCUUGCACGGGCAAAAGCAACACAGAGAGGACAAAGAUCUUCCCUUCGCUGAGGAUAGUGGGAAGAGUCGCUGCAGGGGCGAUAAGAAAAUGCAUUUUGCACCAAAACUUGCGUGACAGUGAUGAUCGCCAGAGCCAUCAGCGAAAAAACACACUUAUUUCCUUUUUUUCAUUUGAGCCUGUGAUCAUCAGUAAAGAAAAUGCAGAUUGUGUUGUGUGUCGCCGUGCUGCUUUACCUGAAGGAGUCUGAAGGCGCAGAGCCCAGGUCAAAGUGUCCCACGAGGUGUGACGUGAGUACAUGCCCAAGUCCCAGCUGCCCCGGCGGCUACGUGCCCGACCGUUGCAACUGCUGCCUGGUGUGCGCCCUGGUGGAGGGCGAGCCGUGCGGCCGCAAAGACGAUCUUCCCUGCGGGGACGGGCUGGAGUGCAAACACCCGACUGGCAAGCUCCUGCUCAAGGGCAUCUGCCAGUGCAAGCUGAGCCAAGAGGUGUGUGGCAGCGACGGCAAGACGUACGGAAACGCGUGCCAGCUGAAGGCUACCAGCAGGAGGGCGCUGCAGCAGGGACUCCCUGGAAUCAGCCAAGCACAAAGAGGAGCCUGUCAGACCAGCACAGGUCCGACACAUACUGUCAGUCCUCGAUACAAGUUCAACUUCAUCGCUGACGUCGUUGAGAAGAUUGCGCCGGCUGUGGUUCACAUAGAACUUUUCCUCAGGCAUCCUCUCUUUGGUCGGACUGUCCCUCUGUCAAGCGGAUCGGGCUUUGUGAUGUCAGAACAUGGCCUCAUCGUCACCAACGCUCACGUGGUCUCUAGCACGACACCAGUGUCGGGUCAGCAGCACCUCAAGGUCCAGAUGCACAAUGGUGACAUGUAUGAAGCCAACAUCAGAGACAUCGACAAAAAGUCAGACAUCGCCACCAUUAAGAUCAACCCUCAGAAAAAGCUGCCAGUUCUGCUGCUGGGUCACAGUGCAGACCUGAGACCAGGUGAGUUCGUAGUGGCCAUCGGCAGCCCCUUUGCCCUCCAGAACACCGUCACUACAGGCAUCGUAAGCACCGCUCAAAGGGACGGCAAGGAGUUGGGCCUCAGGGACUCGGACAUGGACUACAUCCAGACAGACGCUAUUAUCAACUAUGGAAAUUCAGGAGGGCCUCUUGUCAAUUUGGAUGGCGAGGUGAUCGGCAUCAACACCCUCAAGGUGGCCGCGGGCAUCUCUUUUGCCAUUCCUUCAGACAGGAUCACUCUCUUCUUGAACGACUCCCUGGACAAGCACAGCAAAGACGUCAGGUCUAUAAAGAAGCGUUUUAUUGGAAUCCGGAUGCUGACCAUCACAACAGCGCUAAUUGAAGAACUAAAACAGCAGAAUCCAGACUUCCCAGAUGUUAGCAGCGGAAUCUAUGUCCACAAGGUAGUCCCCCAUUCACCGGCGCAGAAAGGCGGUAUCAAAGACGGGGACAUCAUCGUCAAGCUGAACGGCCGGCCGCUAAUGACCACAGCCAAACUGCAAGAGGCGCUGCAGGAGGAGACGGCACUGCUGCUGGAGGUCAGGAGGGACAACGAUGACCUGCUCUUCAACAUUGAACCAGACCUCAUCAUGCAAUAAAAGGCGCUUAGUGGGACUUGACGAGACCAACACAGAAGACAAAAUUUAGGCUUGCCAGCUCAGCACUUCCAAAAGUGCAAAAUACAUGAUUGCAUCAUUUUCACUGUCCUAAAAAUGCGUUUGCGACAUCUCAUGUUGGACAUUAAAUUGGGUGUAAGGAAGGAAUAAUUGGUUAUUUUUGCUGAAGAGGGUCAGUGACUUGCAAGUUGCACUAUAGACAGACAUUGAUAGAAAUGCCACAAACGUGGUCAAAUGUUGGAAAAAAACCACAAAAGUGAAGUAAAUAUUCAUCUAUGAAAGUUGUCAUUCAUCCAGGUCAUUGUAUUCUCAGGGUAAUCCAUCGAUCGUAACUGGACGUAAAUAUCGUAACAUUAUUUUCCCAAGCAUUGCACACAACUUAAACCAAUAACGCUAGCCUCGACGCUAAUGAGAGGUGUCUUGGCUGGUCCACCAAUAUUAUGGAUACCUUAAGUGAGCCAUGGUCACAUGGCAAAGUGUUUACGUAGCUUUAAAAUUAUUUUGAAUGUUGAGGUUGUUGUUUUUUGGUUAUUGUUGCUUUAACAUUCUUGCAAACGCGUUUGAAUGUGGGUCACAGGUAACACACAGAAGGUCGACCAUAUUGCUGGUCAUAAAAAUUCUAAGUUGCCAUGUUGGAAUGUAAACGGGGGGAGGGAGUAAGGUUCCUGGACAGACAGAUGGCAGUUGAUUACCUCAUGAUGGUUGGAGGUAAGGCGCUCAGAUCCUUCCAGGAACCUCCUGAUGGGAAAGGCAACCCACUGGAAUUCUUCAUCUUCAACUCUUAAAGAGGGCUGAAGUUCUUUAGGGUGCAUCAAGGUCUUUUGGGUGGAGAUCCGGAAACCCAAGAUGAGGACAAAAUGAUAUCCUAUUUGGCCGCACAAGGAACGCUUGAAGAAACAGCUGGAAGAAAGAAGAGGCACAUGAUUAUCAUCUUACAUGAUUUGACAACUAACUAUUUUUGUUGUAUCCUUUCAUUAGAGGCUUUGGGUUUGCAAACACACAGAAGCUGACUC